AUGGAAGAAUCAGCCACACAAAAUGUAUCAAUAGCUUUGUGUCGCUAUGUAUGUCAUAAUAUUGUUGGAACCGAGGAGCAUGUAAAGACAGUAAGAAUGAUGAACACUAUUAGAGACAAAUUAAAGAGCGACAAGGACGUGACAAUUAUCACCAGUGGAAGUUUCGGAGAGGGACUAGAGAUGCGAGGAAGUGAUCUCGACAUUAUGUACGUUCUUAUCUUUAUAGAGGUUUGUGAAGACACAAACAUUGAUGUCAAUGCUAGGAAAACACAUUUUACAAUGGAAAUGGAAGAUACACAGCUCGGUUACACUAAGUUACAUUUAGUACAUAGUCUUGACCCGGGUGUCUUUGAUGAGUGUGAGAAGAUAGGUAGUGAUUUCUAUUAUUCAAGCUCUUUAUUCAAGCAAAAUUGGGCAACUGACUUUAUGCCGGUUUUGCAUGGGCCAUGCAUAUCCGAUGAAUAUGGACUGUGUGACUAUGCAUAUAGUUUACAUAGUAAAUUAUGGAUUACACCAGCAAAACAAUGGAUAACAAGAUCAAAUAAUCAAUGGCCGAGCUACGAAGUUAAACAAACUAUUAUAAAACACGGGGUUCUCCUUGUACCUAUAGGUGUGAAAGGAUCUACGGAGGAAGCAUUAGAAUGGCGUUUGUCGUUUUCAGUUGGGGAAAAGCUUCUAAUUCAUUCAUUUACACAUACACAAUUACUUUGCUAUGCACUUAUGAAAAUCCUUCUGAAGGACAUCGCAUCAAAUGAUGAUGACGAUGACGAUGACGAUGACGAUGACGACGACGACGACGUGGACGAGGACGACGACGAUGAGAUGACGAUGACGAUGAGGAGGAGGAGGAGGAAGAAAUGGUUGGAUGUUUUUUAA